AUGAGCACAGAACCCAAAACAAACACAUCAGCUGUAACACAAUCAUCAGAACCCACAACAUACACAUCAGCGGUAAUACAAUCAUCAGAACCCACAACAUACACAUCAGCUGUAACACAAUCAUCAGAACCCACAACAUACACAUCAGCUGUAACACAAUCAUCAGAACCCAAAACAAACACAUCAGCUGUAACACAAUCAUCAGAACCCACAACAUACACAUCAGCUGUAACACAAUCACCAGAACCCAUAACAUACACAUCAGCUGAAAUACAAUCAUCAGAACCCACAACAUACACAUCAGCUGUAACACAAUCAUCAGAACCCACAACAUACACAUCAGCUGUAACACAAUCAUCAGAACCCACAACAUACACAUCAGCUGUAACACAAUCAUCAGAACCCACAACAAUCACAUCAGCUGUAACACAAUCAUCAGAACCCACAACAUACACAUCAGCUGUAACACAAUCACCAGAACCCAUAACAUACACAUCAGCUGUAAUACAAUCAUCAGAACCCACAACAGACACAUCAGCUGAAACACAAUCAUCAGAACCCACAACAUACACAUCAGCUGUAAUACAAUCACCAAAACUCACAACAAACCUAUUAGCUGUAACACAAUCAUCAGAACCCACAACAUACACAUCAGCUGUAACACAAUCAUCAGAACCCACAACAUACACAUCAGCUGUAAUACAAUCAUUAGAACCCAUAACAUACACAUCAGCUGUAAUACAAUCAUCAGAACCCACAACAUACUUAUCAGCUGUAACACGAUCAACAGAAACCACAACAAGCACUUCAGCUGUAAUACAAUCACCAAAACUCACAACAAACCUACUAGGUGUAACACAAUCAUCAGAACCCACAACAGACACAUCAGCUGUAACACAAUCAUCAGAACCCACAACAGACACAUCAGCUGUAACACAAUCAUCAGAACCCACAACAUACACAUCAGCUGUAAAACUAUCACCAGAACCCACAACAUACACAUCAGCUGUAACACAAUCAUUAGAACCCACAAUAAACACAUCAGCUGUAACACAAUCACCAAAAUCCACAACAAACACACCAGCUGUAACACAAUCACCACCUUCAAUAGUGACAUCGUCUGUUUCACCACCAGCAAGAUCGACAAAACCUACUGCGUCAUCGACUAAAACAACCGAACUGAAGACGUCCUUAUCCGUGGAACAAAACAUAAAAACUACACAUCAACCCUCUCUGGCAACAAUCUCAUCUAGUACAGAAGGACAGAACAGAGCUGUUAGAAUAAGCAAAGGCUCAUGGGAAGUGUGGAUAGGGUGCGCUAUAGUUCUAAUGACAUUACCAAGUCAUCAUUAAUUGUAGUACAUAGUACACGUGAUAAUGUAGAAAACAGCCUUGUAGUUUUGUUGGUAACUGCACGUUUAUACACAUAUAUUCAUGUCAUUUCAAAAUAGGCCUAAAUUGAGAGAGAGAGAGAGAGAGAGAGAGAGAGAGAGAGAGGAGAUCCCUUAACUUACAGGCGGGCGAAAACGUACAA